UGUGUCAGACAGGUUUUCCAGGCGUUAUAGUUUAUCCUCAAUAUUUACUGUGCCAGUGAGGCUGAGCGUGAGUAACUUUUGUGUGGACUAACGUUACAUUGCGGCGACAAACCGGACGUAUUUGCACGUUUCUACUUUUUUUUGCGACCUAUCAGCUUGUGUUACAUGAGCUUCUCCUACGCAACAGCUUUCAAUAAUAAAAUAUUUUGCACAUCUCUGUUUGAUGAUAACGUUGUUUUGUUUUUUUGGAACUUAUUGUCGUAAAAUGUGUUCACUUCACCGUCGCUACUAAUUAGGACACGAGUUGUGCCGUUUUUCUCGCGCCUGCUUUGGAUACCUGCUGUCACACAUGCAGCCACCGCCGAUCAGGACACUCAACUCUGGGGACAAAUUCAUGGAGCAAGGUUAAGGUUGGAUUAAACCUUAACGCUACAACACGAAUCACUCACCAGGUCGAAAACUACUUCUUUCUUGGGUGUGAAUUUAUUAUUCUGCUACAAAAACAACGUAAGAGGGCGUCUUUUUGUUGUUUUCUUGGGGGGAAACCCUCCCCUCUACACAAUCCUACCGGGGAUAAAUAAAGGAGGCAGGAGACAUGGUGGUCAACACCAUCCAUUGGUUCAGGAAGGGGCUGCGGCUGCACGACAACCCGGCUCUGAGGGACUCUAUCUGGGAUGCGGACACCCUGCGCUGCGUUUACAUCCUGGACCCCUGGUUCGCAGGGUCCUCCAAUGUGGGGAUCAACAGGUGGAGGUUUUUGUUGCAAUGCUUAGAGGAUUUGGAUGCCAGUCUGCGCAAACUCAACUCCCGCUUGUUUGUCAUCAGAGGCCAGCCCACAGACGUCUUCCCUCGGAUUUUUAAGGAAUGGAAGAUCACCCGUUUAUCUUAUGAGUAUGACUCUGAGCCUUUUGGCAAGGAACGGGACACUGCUAUCCAAAAGCUAGCCAGCGAGGCUGGGGUGGAGAUCAUGGUGCGGACUGCACACACCCUCUACAAUCUGGAUAAGAUCAUAGAACUGAACGAUGGUCAGUCUCCUCUUACAUACAAGCGCUUCCAGGCCCUCAUCAACCGUAUGGAUGCUGUAGAGCUGCCUGCAGAGACAAUCACUCUGGAUGUUAUCAGAAAAUGUGCCACACCCAUCAGCGAAGACCACGAUGACAAGUUUGGGGUUCCCUCCCUGGAGGAGCUUGGUUUUGAUACAGAGGGCCUGACAACAGCAGUGUGGCCAGGAGGAGAAACAGAGGCCCUCAUGAGGCUAGAGCGACAUCUAGAGAGGAAGGCAUGGGUGGCAAACUUUGAGCGUCCACGUAUGAAUGCCAACUCCCUGCUGGCCAGUCCCACCGGCCUCAGCCCCUACCUGCGCUUUGGAUGUCUCUCCUGUCGGCUCUUCUACUUCAAACUCACUGAUUUGUACAGAAAGGUCAAAAAGAACAGCAGCCCACCACUGUCCUUAUAUGGCCAGCUGUUGUGGAGGGAGUUCUUCUAUACAACUGCCACCAACAACCCCUGCUUUGACAAGAUGGAGGGAAACCCUGUGUGUGUCCAGAUCCCCUGGGAGCGAAAUCCAGAGGCGCUGGCCAAGUGGGCAGAGGGACGGACGGGCUUUCCCUGGAUAGACGCCAUUAUGACCCAGCUGAGGCAAGAGGGGUGGAUCCAUCAUUUGGCGAGGCACGCUGUGGCCUGCUUCCUCACCAGGGGAGACCUCUGGGUCAGCUGGGAGGAAGGAAUGAAGGUGUUUGAAGAGUUGCUUAUUGAUGCGGACUGGAGUGUAAAUGCUGGCAGCUGGAUGUGGCUCUCCUGCAGUUCGUUUUUCCAGCAGUUUUUCCACUGCUACUGCCCUGUGGGAUUUGGACGACGCACAGACCCCAAUGGGGACUACAUUAGGCGUUAUUUGCCCAUAUUAAGGGGCUUUCCAGCGACAUACAUCUAUGAUCCCUGGAAUGCACCAGAGGAGGUGCAGAAGGCAGCCAAGUGCAUCAUAGGAGUCCACUACCCCAGGCCCAUGGUGAACCAUGCUGAGGCCAGCCGCAUCAACAUAGAGCGGAUGAAGCAAAUCUACCAGCAGCUUUCCUGUUACAGAGGACUCGGCCUGCUGGCAACAGUACCUGCCAACCCCAACAAUGGAGCAAAUGGCAGUAAUGUCGGAGGAGUCAACACAGGGACCAGUCAAGAUCCAGGAACGUCCUCUGAAGGCGUCUCCACAUACAAGGGAAUGUCUCGAACAGAUAGAGGAGUGUCCACACAGAAACGACGCCAUGAAGAAGCUUCGUCCAAAGGCAGCUCGAAACUCUGGAAGCAGAGCAAAUAGCACGAAAACACAGAAUACAGAGUUUCUCAGUCAUUUGGGAUCAUCUGGACAUCAUCCUGUCCUGCUGUCCCCUCAGCUGACAAACAGUAGUAUCUGUAACUAAUAACCAUAGAGGAGACACAAUGGAUCCAGCUGACACUCUGGACUUUUUGUCUAAAGGACUCACUGUUGUACACAAUGUAUCCGUAACAUGUCACAGUCUCCAGAUAAGACACACCACAAAGCUCAGGAACUGAGGAAUGAAUUCUGAGAAAAAGCUAAUAUCAAAGAGAAAGUGCCCUGUAACAGCAGGGUAUAAAAGGUAAAAACAAGUCUGUAAAGUCUUCACAUCAGGGUUUUGUAAGGCCUCCUAUAGUCUUCCACUAAAAUGUGUCACUGUACAACUUUUGAAAGUACUAAUUGUUAUCACCAAUACCAUUUUUUAACAUCAACACCCACAUCAGUCAGGCCAGGACAUCGUCUGGGUCAAACUGUGAAAUUCGGCUCAUUAUUAAAUCAUUACAAUCAUUAUUAAAAACAUCAGCUCUUGAAGAUAGUGAACUAACAUUUUGCUAAAACCUGACAGCUUCAGCCUCUGCACCUUAUAUGGGAAAAUUUGGAAAACUGCUUCCCAUCUGAUUAAUGAGAAUCUAUAACACAAUCUGGAAACUUUGGAAGACUUCUUGUGUACUGCAGACACAAAACCCCCCAUUGGGCCACUGACAUAAUAUGACCUGUUUAAUACACAGUUAUAUCUUUUCUCACAAAAAAAGCAUCCAGAUAUUUGUUAUGAAGAACAUGAAGUCAAACUGUCAUGAAUGUACAUAAUGUGAGAACGUUUUUUUUCAAGGAUUUAAGACACAAACGUCUCAUGUACAGUAGUAAUGGAUAUUAUAAUGAAACUGUCAGGUUUGAUAAUAAAGCAGGCCUUAUAAAGGCCAUCAUACAUUUUGUAAAUA